CGGUACGCGGUUAUGUUUACACCAGCAACUCAAGUUCAGUGUCAGUGUUUAUAAACAAGUUUUAAAUAUAAAAAAAUUUUAAUGUGAAAAAAAAAAUGUCAUCCGAAGAUGAAAGUUCCGACAGCAGCAACGAGUUCCUGGUACCAGCCUCCAAGAUCGAUCUCACCAGUUCGUUUUUUUCGUCAUCGACAUCAAAACCAACUGCGUCAACCUCGAAAUCACCUCGAGCAAAGGUAAGAUCUAGAAUAAUAUCCAGCUCAUCAGAAUCUGAUGAUGACAUCGCAGAUACUUCCGCUUCCAACGCAGACCUUCUGCUGGAGGUGAUGAAAAAUCUAGAAAAACUAAAUAAUAUUAAUGUCGAGCCGUCAGCAUCAGCGUCAUCCUCAUCGGGAUUAGCACCCACGGUGACCAAGUCACCAAAAAAGCAAAAAUUAUCAACCGAAAUUGCCGAUCUCUUGCUAAAACAUGAAAGCGGUCUAGGUUCCUUUGAUAAUGAGUCAGAUUCUUCUGGUUCAGAUGCUGAACAAGAAGUUCAGAAGAACCAGGAGAAACCUCCCGACUAUUCUAUUCCCAAAGAAGGGGUCAAUAUUACGCUUCCAGGGACCGGGCUCCCAGUUUUCAAUCGUAAGAAAAAAAAAGUUGACUUCGAAGCUCAAUUGAUUAAAAGAAUGAACGCUAGGGUUCGUUCUAAUCAGCUAUUGGUUCAUAAAGUUGGUCUUCUUUGUUGGUUGGCUCAUGGUUUCCAUCUCAAUCAGCAGAUUAAUGAUCCCGAGGUUAUGUCGAUUGUUUUGUCAUUGAUUCCGACAAAUAGUUACCCCAAAGGGAGGAUUAAUAUAAAAUAUAUCCAACAAUUUACUAGAUGGUUCAGGGGAACAAUAAAAAUAGAAUUUAAUAAAGAAAAUUCUCCCGUUACGAAAGAGAUUUUGGUUGAGAGACUAAAGGACAAGAAGGUGAGGAAUUACAGGGAAUGGGUUUUGUUGUUUAUUGCGGCACUGAGGGCGAUCGGAUGCAAUUCCCGGCUUGUUUUGUCUCUUUGUCCUCCGGUGAUGAAACCGAAAUCGGAUCAGCUGUUUCGGGUUAAGAAAGAGGAAGAAGGGCCCAAAGAAACCAAAGUUAAGAAGGAGAAAGUUGAGGAGGAUAUUGGGGUCAGACUUUUGAAUGCUAGAGCUAAAGCUAAGGGAAGAGGGAGGGGAAGGGGAAGAGGGAAUGGAAGAGUUUGUGAGAAUAGGAAGGAUUCGGUUGUUGGAAACUCGAAAGUUGCUGAUAAAUUCGCGAAGGAAGAGGCGAAAAAACGGGCGGCUGAGUUAUUGAGGGAGAAGUUUGCGAGGGGUAAGGAAGGAGGAGUGAAAAAAUUAAAGAGGAAUGAAGCGGAGGGUAAAGAAGAUAAUAAAGAGAAGGGAGUAGAUGAGGAUGGUGGAGAAGAAAUCAAAGGAGGGGAGAGAGGGAAGAAACUUAAAAGGAGUGAAGAGGUUGUGGAAGAAAAAAGAGGGAAGAAAUUGGGUGAAGAUGGAGAGGAGAGUGAGGAAGAGGAAAAAGGAGGGAAAAGAUUGAACAAAUUGAAAAAUGAUAAAGAGAAGGAAGGAAAAGGACUAAAAAGAUUGAAAAGAAAUGAAGAUAUUAAGGAGGAGAAAAAAAUUAAGAUGGAAGAGGAUGGAAAUGUUAAGGAAAGAAAAGAAGGAUCGAGAUCAAUGAGAUCGAGGACUAAAAAGGAGGAAAAUAAGAAGAUGAUUAAAAAGGAAGAAGUUGAAAGUAAAAAAAGAUCAACGAGAAGUCAAAAUAAGGAUAAGAAAAUUGAGGUUAAGAAAAUGGACGUUGAUGACGAGGAUGAGGAAGAAAAGGAGGAAGAGGAAGAUGGGGAAGAAGAGGAGAGUGAUGACUCGGAAAAAGAGUUUAGUGAGAAAAAAAAAUUGGGGAUUAACAGAUUAGUUAAGGAGGAAGUUAAAAAAAAGAAUUACGUGGACAAGAGAGAGAGUGUGAGUGACAAGAGUAGAAAAGUAUUAUCUAGUGAGGACGAGGAUGAAGAGGGGGAAGUUAUUGAUGUUAGAGAUUCGAGGUAUUUGUGGGUUGAGGUUUAUGUCGAAGAUGAAGAAAGCUGGAUAACUGUUUCAGUACCUGAUGAAAAAGUCCACUGUGUAUCUGAUAUUUAUAAAAAAGCACCGUCACCAGUAUUAUAUGUAAUAGCAUGGAAUUCAAUAGGGACCAUAAAAGAUGUUACAAGACGCUAUUGCCCCCAUUGGUUAACAGUAACACGAAAGCAACGUAUUGAUCAAGAAUGGUGGUCAGAUACAUUAUCACCCUGGAUCGAAAGUAAUAGUGCAUUGUCCAGAGCUGAAGACGAGUCAUUACUUACUAUGGAAAUGGAACAGCCAUUACCAGAUAGUAUUUCUAAUUACAAAGGGCAUCCGUUGUAUGCAUUGGCGAGGCACUUAUUGAAAUAUGAAGCAUUGUAUCCACCAGAUUGUGUACCAAUUGCUCAUUUGAAAAAUGGCGAAGCUGUUUAUUCAAGGCAUUGUGUCCAUACAUUGAGAAGUCGCGAAACUUGGUUGAAGGAAGCGCGAGUUGUUAAACCAAGUCAAGAGCCUUAUAAAAUUGUCAAAGCCAUGCCUAAAAUGGAUAAGUUUACAGGACAAUUAGUUAAAGAUCAGCCUCUAGAACUAUUUGGUAAAUGGCAAACAAAUCAAUACGAUCCUCCACAGGCUAAAAAUGGAAUAGUACCACGUAAUGAGUACGGCAAUGUCGACUUGUUUAAACAAUGCAUGUUACCAAAGGGGACUGUCCAUAUUGAUCUUCCGGGAUUGCUCCGUCUCGCCAAGAAGCUAAAAAUUGACUGCGUACCAGCGGUUGUUGGUUUCAAUUUUGGGUGUCGCGGUGCGAUGCCCAUGACUCAAGGUUAUGUUGUCUGUGAGGAACACGAAGACACUUUGCGAGAUGCCUGGGAACAGGAGCAAAUUGAUGCCGUUAAACGAGCUAAAGAUAAACGCGACAAAAGAAUCUGGGGAAAUUGGAGAAAAUUAAUUCGCGGGGUUUUAAUUAAAGAAAAAAUAGCAAUUAAAUAUGAUAUGAAUAAUUCUAAUGAUGAUGAUAAUAAUGAUAAUGAUGAGGAUGAAAGUAAUGAUAAAAAAAAUAAAAAUAAAGUACCAGCGAAGCGACUUGGUAAAAAUAUUAAGAAUAAUGUUAAGAAACGUAAAGUUUAAAAUUUUUUUUUACAAUAUAAUUAGUAAUAUUUUUUGUAUGUGUGUUUUUUACGAGCUAUUGUUAUUAUUAUUAUUGUUAAAUGUGAACAAAUAGUUGUGUACUUAAUAAAUAAAAUCUUAAGUAAAAA